AUGCAUUUUCUCACCGUUGCUACCCUUGUUGGGGGUGCGGCUGCCCAGCUCAAGUACGCCGGUAACCAAGUCAAGUUUGUCAAGGAGUCGAAGCAAGUCGCUGCAAACUUUCCUGAUGUCGACGACAAAUUGUACUCGCCUGCGUUCCUGGACCCUGAUCACAUCCCUCAGGGCUUCGCCAACGGAACAGCUGCGCCAAACCCGCAGGGGUAUCUAGAGCAGUUCCUUUGGACACUUGCUUCAAGGAAUGACUGGAUGACGUACCACAACCCUUCCAUCAAAUCAGAGGAGGGCCGGUCUAUUCCUUAUGUUUACCUGUCGGCAUCCAAGUCGCUGCUUGAACCAAUUGCCAGCAGCAAUGGCACGAACAAAGUCCGUGUGUGGCUUCAAGGUGGAGUUCACGGAAACGAGCCAGCGGGAGAAGAAGCUCUUCUCGCAUUGCUUGGAAAGAUGGAUGCUGAACCUAAAUGGACGGCCUCUAUCCUUGAAAAGUUGGAUAUCAUUGUUCUGCCACGCUACAGCCCUGACGGAUCAGCCUAUUUCCAACGCACCAUGGCGACAGGCUUCGACCCCAACCGCGACCACACAAAGAUGGCCUCUCAGCAAACCAUCGAUGUUAAGGCUUUAAACCUCAAGUUCAAUGCCCACGUUCAUCUCGACUGCCACGAGACCAACGCUGUUCGCCUCUUAACCCACGACAACAAGACUUACAUUCCCUCGCAUGAUGACCAGUUCUCAGCUUUCAAGAACCCCAACGUCCACAAGGAUAUCCGUGCUCUGGCUGAGUCUCUCGUUGUUCCCAAGGUUCACUCUGCGCUCAAGGAGAAGAACUUUACUACCAACGGCUACGUUGUUGCGUUCCAAGAGGAGGGUGAGGGCAUUCGCCUUCAGGACUUUGUCACUGACACGCGUGGUGAAGUCACUGUUUUCAUGGGUCAAGGUCUCGCGUUCCUGUCCGAGACACGAGGCAUUGGUAUCGGAGAUCAAUACUUUAAGCGCCGAACAGCGGCUGGUUUGACUGCGGCUCUUACCCUUGUGCAAACAACCGCCGACAACGCAGAGCUGAUCUAUGACACUGUUGAGGCAGCCCGCGCUGACUUUAUCACCAACGACCAAGAGAUCAUCGUUCGCGAUCAGCCUCGCUGGGAAAAUUCCACAUGGACUUACAUUGAUACCGAAUCUGGCGAACUUACCGAAGUGCCUGUUUUGUUUGGCAACAACACUCCCCCUGCUAGCAACCUUACUCGUUCCAGGCCUGAAGCCUACAUCUUCAGCCGUGCGUGGGCAGGCGCCGCUACUAAGCUUCGUGCCGUCGGUCUGACCGUCAACGAACUGGCAGUGGACUUUGAAGGUGAAGUUGAGGCGUACAACAUCACCGAGGCAACACUAGCAACCCAAAAGUACGAGGGUACUAUUCUCACCACAGUCAAGACCGAGCUGUUCAAGAAGAAGAUGAAGUUCCCUGCUGGUGCCUACUACGUUAGCACUAGACAACAAUACGCUGCCCAGGCUUUUGUCCGUCUCGAGCCUGAAAACCCUGAUGGCUUUGCUACUUUCAACGUCUUCCCUGUUAGCACGGGCGAUGAGUACCAGGUUUAUCGUAUUUCUGCAUGA